UGCAACACAUAGCCAGCCCACAUGCACACGCAGAGAGAGCUUUACCUGCCUGCCUCUGGCUGCCGCUGCAGAGGGGCAAAAGGAGGGAGCGACUGAGACUGCUGCAAGCCACACUAGGAACUUUAUAACCAGCUCCACUUCUGCCUGGCUGAGAUCGCCGAGCAUUUUAAUUAGAAACCCCCGCGCCCUUUCUUCCCUCCCCCGCCCGCCCCCAAGUCACUCUCUGGCCAGGCAAGCCCAGAGAGCCCCGAGCAGAGGAGGAGCCAGGCAGAGGGCUAGCGAGCCGGAGUGGAGCUGCCCGGGAGCCCGCAUGAAACUUGGCGAAGUUAGUUGGAAGCUCUGGGAGCCGCCGCCGAGCUCCAAGUUGGAACCUGAUCCCGGGACUCGGCGCUGAGCGGGGUCGCUGGUUCCUGCACGGCUCGCGUGCGCUCUAGGGGCCGCAGCAGGAGGCGUCGCUGAGCCCGGACCAGAGUGCGGGACAAACCCCCCACCCCCGCAGCAGGCGAAGGAGAAGAAGCGAGUAUGUCCGAGGAGAAAGCAGCUCGCAGCGGCUCGCCGGGGGCAGAGACUUGGCUGUGAGCGGAAGGGACCCGGCUAAUCGCCAGCCUCGCGCUAAAGCCCGAGAAGGAAAGCGGACAGCUCCCGCCGCCCUGCCGCACGCCCUGCGUCCGGAGAGCGCCGGCCCGCGGUUUGUUUGCAGGCUCGCCAUGGGUAGGACUCUGUGAUCACUGCUUGGCUCGCGGCUCGCCCUGCACUGAAGGAAGCCGCCGUGUCUCCCCUGCUCCCCCCGGCCCCUGUCAAAUGACAAGUCCCCGAGAAGAGUUGAGCUAGUGGAAAGGGAAGGGGGGAUGUUUGCACUUUUCCGUUGUUCCCUUUGAAUUCUGGGGGCACCAGCAUCCAACUCGAGCGGCGUGUGGAGAGAGUUUCAAAAUCUUGCUUGAGAAAAGAAAGAAACUUCCCGGAAAGAAGAGACCCGAGCCUGGGACAGUCUCCUGGCUGGGGGCCAGCUCUGAACCGAGAGGAAAGCGGUGCACAGGGGGACCUGCCUUUUGGGACCUCGGCUUUCAGGGUGCGGAGAGGAGCCCGAGAUUGGGGCCGUCUGGAGCCCAGCAGCCCCCAGGUGCGGGACUUUUCCUCCCGGGAGGCCGAGAGGGAGGAGCGGCCCGAAGUUGGUGCUGCAGUUCCCGGGCUUGUUCUGCUGCAGAGCAAAGAUUGAUUUUCUGCGGGCUGCGAGCUGCCGGGGAGAGGUGACCGGGGCAGGCGGCCGCCAGCGCGGGGUGGGCUGCAGCCUGCAGCAGCUGCAAGGCUUGCCGGGGGCCAGCAUGUCCAAGCCGGUGGAUCACGUCAAGAGGCCCAUGAACGCCUUCAUGGUGUGGUCCCGGGCGCAGCGCCGGAAGAUGGCCCAGGAGAACCCCAAGAUGCAUAACUCGGAGAUCAGCAAGCGCCUGGGGGCCGAGUGGAAGCUGCUCACCGAGGCCGAGAAGCGGCCCUUCAUCGACGAGGCCAAGCGGCUGCGGGCCAUGCACAUGAAGGAGCAUCCCGACUACAAGUACCGGCCCCGCCGGAAGCCCAAGACCCUGCUCAAGAAGGACAAGUUCGCCUUCCCGGUGCCCUACGGCCUGGCGGAUCCCGACCACCCGCACGGGCUGAAGGCGGCCGGGCUGCACGGCGGGGCCGGCGGGGGCCUGGUGCCCGACUCCCUGCUGGCCAACCCGGAGAAAGCGGCCGCCGCUGCCGCAGCAGCAGCCGCCCGGGUCUUCUUCCCCCAGUCGGCGGCCGCCGCCGCAGCAGCCGCCGCCGCCGCGGCCGCCAGCAGCCCCUACUCGCUGCUGGACCUGGGCUCCAAAAUGGCAGAGCUCUCGUCGUCCUCCUCCGCCUCGGCGCUGCCCUACGCCUCCUCCCUGGCCUACCCCGGCGCCGCGGGAGCCGGCGCCUUCCACGGGGCCGCCGCAGCCGCCGCAGCUGCCGCCGCCGCCGCCGGGGGGCACACUCACUCGCACCCGUCCCCGGGCAACCCGGGCUACAUGAUCCCCUGCAACUGCAGCGCCUGGCCCAGCCCGGGCCUCCAGCCGCCCCUCGCCUACAUCCUGCUGCCAGGCAUGGGCAAGCCCCAGCUGGACCCGUACCCGGCAGCCUACGCGGCGGCGCUAUGACAGCCCGGCCGUGCGGACAGAGCCGAGCGGCGGACUCCCAGGCUCGGGUCCCGGGAGAGCCGCCGGGCCCUGGGGGCAGCUGCGGACUCGCCGACGGGGAAGGUGCAAGGGUGUCCGUGUAAACGGGAGCGUUUCUGCUCUGCGCUCCUGCCGCAAGCUUCUGCAGGUGGUGCCUGGCUGGCCCUCCUCGGACCUGUUGCGUGUUGCCCAGACACCAUUGAGAAGAAACUCCCUAGCUAGAGGUGGCUCCCCCAUCUGCCCCCCCCUUUUUUGGGAAUUGUCGUGUGUUGCAUGCAGCCUUUGCAGAUACGUGAGCUGAAAGGGCUUGUUCUCUCACUGGUUUCUCCCUAAUUUAAUCUUCCUUUGCCUGGCUUGGCCCCCCCCCCGCCCCCCCUGCAAAUCUGUGCUAUUUUAACUUCUCCAAAACGUCCUCACCGCAACACCACCACCGCCAAAAAGGGGGCAAAUUGUUGACAGAGUGGAGGGACAAAUCUGGCGUUUGGAUCUGAAAUGUUUCCUCUGUUUUAUAUCAAGUCCUAUGCGAAUGGAAGCAGGACACACACACACACACAAAAAUAGACUGUAAGGUGAAAUACUGUCCCUCUGAUCUCCCCAGCCCCUCUGAUCUCCCCAGCCCCUCCGCUCUCCUUAACAUAGCCCACACGACUUCCUGAAGUCCUCUUCUAUGGGACAUUCGUACAAAUUUCAUUCUUAAUUUACAGCCUGUGUCUCUUAUUUUUCCCGAUCCUUAGGUCUCACCUUAAGACUGUAAAUUUGUAAAUUUCUGUGGAAACGUUAGGUCUUUGAUUGAACAUAUGUUGCUUCCUUUGCCCACAUUUGAGUCAGUUUUAGACUCAAACAAAACAAAAUGAACGCCUUUCAGAGUAAAUACAAAUAUUGCGUCGCCAUUUAAGGAUCGCAAUUUUAUCUAAGGUUAAAUCAGACUUUUUGUCUGAGUGAUAAUUAUAUAUUUAUUAUUUAGCUUAACUGAAACAGAGGUUGUUUUGACAGCAGAAGAAUAUUCUCAUGUUCAAAGAACCGUUCCCUAUCAAACAUGAAGUGUUUAAAUGUGUUUUGGAGUACCCUUCCUACCUGCUUAGGUUAUUUUUAGAGCAACUGCAAUUCAAUUGCAAAUAAUGGUUUAAAAACAAAAAAAAUAAAUUUUAGAGAAAAACCUUCAUCAGUUAAAGGUUUUUUGUUGUUUGUUUUCGUUUUUUACUUUUGUAAUGUGUAUAUUUUGACUAAUGUUUGUGAAUGAAGCUGGCUAACAUGUAUUUAGUUUCGUUUUGGCUCUAUGUAAUAUAAAGAAAAAAGUUUAAGUAUUGUUUUUAACAUUUACGUGUAAAUGGUUUUCUUGUGUGAUUUUCUAAUUUAAAAUUAGACGUCUAAACUAUAUCUGUAAAUUAGAAUCCGACUACCACUCUGUUCAUUUUUGAACAAAGAGUUUAAAUAAAGCCUGAAG